AUGGCUAGUGCUCAAUUCAUGAAUGAUCACUCUUCCGAGGCUGAUGCGGAGAUGUCGAAGAUAAUUCCUUAUUUGCCACAGACUCCACCAGAUUCCAAUGAUAACAGUGCAGAUGAGCUGGGUUCUUUAUCAAGUCGACCUAGUUUAACCUCAUUGUCAUCACAGCGAUACACUCUCCCACCUCCAACGAAUCCACCGACGGAGAUUCUCAAGGAGGACUUGAAGACACCAGAUAACCAAGUACCCCGGGACCCUCGACUUAUUCGGCUGACUGGAAUUCAUCCCUUUAAUGUCGAACCUCCAUUGAGCGCUUUAUAUGACGAAGGAUUUCUCACAUCGCCUGAAUUGUUCUAUGUUCGGAAUCAUGGAGCGGUACCUCAUGUUGAGGACUCAUCAAUACCAGACUGGGAAUUUUCUGUCGAAGGACUGGUGAAAAAGCCAUUUACUCUCACACUCAAAGAUCUUCUGAGAGAAUACGAACAAAUCACCGUACCCAUCACACUUGUCUGCGCCGGGAAUCGUCGUAAAGAACAGAACCAAGUUCGGAAGUCCAAAGGUUUCUCGUGGGGUGCUGCAGGCGUGUCUACGGCAUUAUGGACAGGCGUACCAAUGUACGAGUUGAUCAAAAAGGCGAUACCAAUUAGAGGAGCAAAGUAUGUCUGUAUUGAGGGUGCCGAUAAGCUUCCUAACGGUUACUAUGGAACGUCCAUAAAGCUCAACUGGGUUAUGGACCCAAAUCGAGGAAUUAUGGUAGCCCACAAAAUGAACGGAGAAAUGCUUCGACCUGAUCAUGGCAAACCUUUACGAGCUGUUGUUCCCGGGCAAAUUGGUGGCCGCAGUGUGAAAUGGCUCAAAAAGAUUAUUGUUACCGCAGCUCCUAGCGAUAACUGGUAUCACAUUUAUGAUAACCGAGUCCUUCCAACUAUGAUCAGCCCAGAGCAGAGUGCCAACGAACCCAAGUGGUGGACAGACGAGAGAUAUGCUAUCUAUGAUCUGAGUACAAACAGUGCCACCGCAUACCCAGAACAUGAAGAGCGAGUAUCUUUAGUAAGCGGAAGACAAACAUAUCGUGUAAAGGGCUAUGCGUAUGGUGGUGGUGGACGACGCAUUACUAGAGUCGAGGUAACACUCGACAAAGGAAAAUCAUGGGCGUUAGCUGAUAUACGAUACCACGAAGACGAUUAUCGAGACCGUGCCUACGAAAAUGAAUCUUUAUUCGGUGGUAAACUAGAUAUGGAAUGGAGAGAAACAUGCUUCACAUGGUGUUUUUGGGAGGUUGAUUUGGAGAUCCAAGACCUCGCAAUGUCAGGAGAUAUCAUGGUAAGAGCCAUGGACGAGAGUAUGAAUGUUCAACCGAGGGAUAUGUACUGGAGUGUGCUUGGUAUGAUGAAUAACCCAUGGUAUCGAGUAACCAUUACCAAAGAAGGCGAUUAUCUGCGCUUCGAACAUCCCACACAACCAGCACUUAUGCCAGGAGGAUGGAUGGAAAGAGUAAAAGCUGCUGGAGGAAAUCUCGCCAAUGGAUUCUGGGGCGAGAAGAUGGGCAUUGAAGAUGAAUCUGUCGACUUGGUCGAGGUCAAGCGGGAGAUAAAAAUGACAAAAGACGGCCUGAAGCGUGAGAUAUCUAUCGAGGAAUUACGUCAACAUGACAACGAAAAGGAGCCUUGGUUUGUGCUCAACGGCGAAGUCUACGACGGUGCCCCGUUCCUGGAAGGUCACCCAGGAGGCGCAACAAGUAUUACUGGAGCCGCAGGCCAAGACUCCACCGACGAAUUCAUGGCCAUUCAUUCCGAAACGGCAAAAGCAAUGAUGUCCGCCUACCACAUCGGUACCCUUUCCCCCUCAGCCCGCACCUCGCUCCUCAACCCCGAGCCCCUGUCCUCCUCAUCCCAAUCUCUCCGUCCCAUCUUCCUCCAACCCAAAAGCUGGCAAAAAGCCAUCCUCACUGCUAAAAAAGCUAUCUCGAGCGAUACACGCAUCUUUUCUUUUACUCUCGAUCAUCCAGAGCAAGUCAUUGGGUUACCGGUCGGUCAACAUCUCAUGAUGCGCUUACGGGAUCCCGUUACCAGAGAAGCGAUCAUACGAUCCUACACGCCUCUUUCGCUCGGAACCGACAAAGGAGUUUUAGAAAUCUUGAUCAAGAUCUAUGUGAAAAAUGAAAAGGGACCAGGAGGAAAAAUGACAAUGGCGUUGGAAAGUAUCCCUGUUGGACAUGCAAUUGAUUUCAAAGGACCGAUUGGGAAAUUCGAAUACGUGUCGAAAGGGGAGUGUGUAAUUGGAGGUAAAAAGAGGAGGGUAAAAAGAUUCGUGAUGAUUUGUGGAGGAAGUGGUGUGACGCCUAUUUUCUCGGUGUUGAGAGCGGUCCUUAGUGAGGAAGAGACGGCAGACGGACAGGAAUGCAUAGUGUUGGAUGGAAAUAGGAGGGUGGAAGAUAUUCUCUGCAGAGAGGAGUUGGAUAGUUUGGUGAAGGGAAAGGAGGAGAGAUGUAGAUUAGUGUAUGCAUUAAGUCAACCCACAGAAGAAUGGAAAGGAUUACGAGGGAGACUUGGAAAAGACGUUUUGGAGAAGGAAAUCGGGAGGUUUGAGAUGAGCAAUGAGGAACAUGGGUAUAGGGAUGGUGAGCAAUUGGUUUUGAUCUGUGGACCUGAAGCCUUGGAAAAGAGUGUACAUGGCAUAUUGUCGGAUUUGGGCUGGAGAGAUCAGGAUUUACUCUUCUUUUAA